AUGAAAAGGCAAAAAGUAAUAGAGUUAGAUUCUGUUGAGAAGACGAAGAGCUUCAACAUCGAUUGGGAUGCUGUUCUGGGCGAAGAGGAAGAAGUGCCGGACCUCGAGAUCAUCGGCAGUGACUUCAAAAAUCCGCCGCCUGACCAUAAUUCCGGCGAUGAUUUAGCCGACUGCGUGCGAUCCCUCACUGACAGCCAACUCGACGAGCACCUAGAGCGUCAGAGAUCGCUUCUCUCUGCUUUCAGUAACAGAUUGCCCGACAAGGGCGCCAAGAUCGGCACCAGAAUCGGAAACAUCGAGUACGAGAAGCAGCUCAGGAUGCUCCGCCGCACCAAAACGGAUACCGGCGAAUGUAAGAUUGUCGUACAUCCGAAAAGCUCAGAUGUGUUUAGGCAAGCGAAUACAUCCUCGAAAGACGUGUCUCGGUCAACAUCUGCUGCACAUUUUCCCAAAGUGGAUUCUCUAUCACAAUCAGUGAAACUGUUUAAUGAAGAACUGCAAGUUUUGGGACGUGAAAGCUUGAAACGUGAAAGCUUGAAAAGCAAGGCUGGUAGUGGUAGAGAGACAAUAACAAAGCAAAACAAUGGGUGGCGGUCGGUGCCAACGUUACGCAAGUCUUUCAUCAGUGAAAAUAACUUUUAUUCUGGAGUUAAAGAUCCAAAAGGGAAUCGAAAAUCCAACGAAGCCUCUGUAAAAAGCAGGGCAAAGGAAUCUUCUCCUUAUUUGCUUGUAGAUGAUGAUGAUGAUGACGAAGAAGACGUCAUUGGCUAUGAAACUCCUAGGGAGUGGAGUUUGAAAGCAUCAAGCUGCAGGAAGAAAUCAGAUGCUAAAAUAAUUAAUUUGGAUGAAGAGGAACCUCAUUCUCCAAUGGAAGUAGAAGAAUCAUUUGAACUUCCUCAAGGGUUACCGGAAGAUAUUUGCUACCCAUCAAGGGAUGACCCAGACCAUGUUCAGUUAUCUCUUAAAGAUCUUAAAUGCCUUUCACCUGGAGAAUGUCUUACCUCGGCAGUUAUAAAUUUCUACAUCAGGUUCUUGCAGCACCAUGUGUUUUCAGCGAAUCAGACAGCUGCUAAUAGUCACUUCUUCAAUACGUUUUUCUACAAGAAGCUCAUAGAAGCUGUUUCAUACAAGGGUAACAACAAGGAUGCAUUUUUUGUGAAGUUCAGGCGGUGGUGGAAGGGUUUUGAUCUAUUCCGAAAAUCAUAUAUAUUUAUUCCAAUACAUGAAGAUCUCCACUGGAGCUUGGUAAUAAUUUGCAUCCCUGACAAGGAAGACGAAUCAGGAUUGACUAUACUUCACUUGGAUUCAUUGGGACUUCACCCAAGAGAUUUAAUUUUCAACAAUAUCAAAAGGUUUCUGAGAGAGGAAUGGAACUAUCUGAAUCAAGAUGGUCCUUUGUUGGAUUUACCAAUCUCAGAAAAAAAUUGGAAUGAUCUUCCAAAUAGUAUCAAUGAAGCUGAAGUGCAGGUUCCACAACAGAAGAAUGAUUUCGACUGUGGUUUGUUUGUGCUCUUCUUCAUAACGCGGUUCAUAGAAGAGGCUCCUCAAAGGCUGACAUUGAAGGAUUUGGGAAUGAUUCACAAGAAGUGGUUUAAACCCAAUGAAGCCUCCGCUUUGAGGCACAAACUCUGGAACAAACUUGUUGAUCUCUUCCGCAACAGUAACCAAUCAGAUUAA